AUGGAGGUGUGUGUGUUAUUUGAUUUCAGACAUUCAGCCUCACUGCUAACACAGCCUGCGAGCAGCCAGCACACUCCACACAGCUCCCUGCCUCACCCCCUCACCCACCCCUCACACCUCACCCCUCACCCCAGCCCUCACCCCUCACCCCUCACCCCCUCACCCUCACACCUCACCCCCUCACCCUCACCCCUCACCCCUCACCCACCCCUCACACCUCACCCCUCACCCCAGCCCUCACCCUCACCCCCUCACCCCCUCACCCUCACCCACCCUCACACCUCACCCCUCACCCCAGCCCUCACCCCCUCACCCCUCACCCCCUCACCCCCUCACCCACCCUCACACCUCACCCCUCACCCCAGCCCUCACCCCUCACCCCAGCCCUCACCCCCUCACCCCUCACCCCUCACCCCAGCCUGCACCCCUCACCCCUCACCCCUCACCCCCUCACCCCAGCCCUCACCCCUCACCCCUCACCCCCUCACCCCAGCCCUCACCCCAGCCCUCACCCCUCACACCUCACCCCUCACCCCCUCACCCCUCACCCCUCACCCCUCACCCCCUCACCCCAGCCCUCACCCCUCACACCUCACCCCUCACCCCCUCACCCCUCACCCCUCACCCCUCACCCCCUCACCCCAGCCCUCACCCUCACCCCUCACCCCCUCACCCCAGCCCUCACCCCUCACCCCUCACCCCUCACACCUCACCCCUCACCCCCUCACCCCUCACCCCCUCACCCCAGCCCUCACCCCUCACCCCUCACCCCUCACCCCUCACCCCCUCACCCCAGCCUCACCCAUCACCUCACCCCCUCACCCCUCACCCCUCACACCUCCCCCUCCCCCCCCCUCCCCCCCCUUCACCCCUCACCCACUGCAAGAUUCUGAAUAA